CCGUCGUGCGGGGAUUGGAGUGCAACGCGGAGACAAACAGAGCUACCGAGGCGCGUUCACGCAUUUCCCCCCGGUCCGGAGUUCAGGGACGGGGUUCGGCCCGGUACCGAGGCUCUGGUUGGGUUCCGGAGCGCGUGGAACAGUGCUGGGAGUAGUUGUGGCGCGCGGGGCUCCGCUCGGAGAGGCGGGGGAGUCCGCGGUUCAGCGCGGGGAGAGAGAGUGUCGUUAGCCGCCUGAGCUCCACUCAAACUCCCGUACCGAGAGCUCCGCUUCACCGCGCCGGGAAAUGCAGGGAUUUGUUCGGCUGCCGCUUGUUUAUCGCGCUCCCCGCGACGUUAUGAGCGCGGAGGAUGUUGGUAUGCCGUAGAUAGGAGGUAAGUAGAGGCUUAGACGUUGCCUCAAUGUUUUGGACGGUGUUAGUUUCCAGUAUCUGGCCCGUGAGAACCUGCUGAGGAACGUUUAAGACCAGGAUUAGACGGUUCUAAGGGAACUUAACGGUCUACUGAGGACUACUUUCUGAGAGACUCUACAGCAACAAUAGAGCACUCUAUUAAACACAAAUACAAACACGUUUUACAAAUGUUUUUAGGCUCUAGGAGAUGUUGGACUAGGAUCUUAAGCUGAGUUUCAAGUUCCCGGUCUGAAAGAACCUGCUGAAGUACCCCUGAGGAGACCAGGAUGAGACAUUUCUGAGGAUAGUUUGUACCAGACGUUUUACAAAUGUUUUUAGGUUCUGGAAGAUGUUGGACUAAGAUUUUGAGCUGAGUUUUAAAUUCCUGGCCAGAAGAACAUUUAAGAGCAGGAUUAGACGGUUCUGAGGGAACUUAACGUUCUACUAAGGAUUACUUUCUGAGAGACUCUCCAUCAACAAUAGAGCAUUCUAACAAACACACACACACACACACACGUUUAAUAAAUGUUUUUGGGCUCAUGAAGAUGUUGGGUUAAGAUCUUGAGAUGAGUUUUAAGUUCCCGGCCUGUAGAACACCACCUAAGAAGACCAGGAUGAGACAUUUAUGAGGAUAGUAGUUUGUACCGGAGUUGCUUUCUAAGAGAGUGUAGGACUAAGAUCUUGAGAUAAGUUUCUAGUAUCUGUUAUUAGAUAACUUUCUGAGGAACCAUAAGACCAGGAUGAGACCUUUUGGAGGUAUCUGAGGUAACACUACCUCAGGUACCACACUGAGGCUAGUUUGUACCAGAAUUUCUCUUUCAUCAACCUUAGAGCACACUAGCUAGCACUCACAUGCACACAGUUCCACACACAUGCUUUAUUAGUCUUUAAACGGUUUAGGACUAAGAUCUUGAGGUGAAUUUUCAGUAUCUGGCAUGAGAGAAGCUCCUGAGCAAGUUAUCACUCUCACCAGAAUUGCUUUCUGAUAGACUCUUGGCUAGAUAGAGCGCACACACGUUUUAUUAGACCCUGGGAGUUGGUGUUGGACUGAGAUCCUGAGGUCAAAGUCCACUGGAGCACCACAAUCACCACCACCUCCUCCUCCUCCUCCUGCUGCUGCUGCUGCUUCUUCUUGCUCCUUCCUGCUGCCCCAAUUCCCCUGUUCCCUUGUUUUAAUGCUCAAGUGGACAGAGGUAAGUUAGAUGGUCCACAAAAGUCGCCCACAUGCUCUGGCUUGGGGAACGGGCUUGGAAGACCAAGAAGAAGGAGGACGACAAAGAAGACUUUAGAAAACACUUAUUGCAGGCUGGGGAAAGAUGGCCGCGCUGCCCGGCUUGGGACUGUGAGCCCCAAACUUGGUGGCGAGUCGGAUUUCUCAGCCAAGCCCUCAGGGCCGGACCGGAGGACCCAUGCAGGCCAAGAAGCGCUACCUGAUUCUGGUCUCCGCCGGCACCUGCCUCUUUCUCCUGCUCUGUCUUGGUGGGCUUCCGGUGCCGGCUUCCAGAGGGGGCCUGGGGAGACGGGAUGGCCACCGUCCUGGUACCCACUGGCCCCGCUACUCAGAGCACCUGCAGCCUUUUGUUCCUUGGGACCAGUCAGAAAGCGAGGGCUUCAGUGCUCCUAUGUCCCCGAGGCAGAAGAGGGAUGCCAACUCUGGCUUGUACAAGGGCAGGCGCUGCCGGAUGGACUCAUGUUUUGACUUUUCUCUUUGUGAAAAGUAUGGCUUCAAAGUUUACGUGUACCCUCAGCAAAAGGGGGACAAAAUCUCAGAGAGCUACCAGAGCAUCCUGGCUUCAAUUGAGGCCUCCAGGUUCUAUACGUCUGACCCAGGUCAGGCGUGCUUAUUCGUGCUGAGCCUGGACACUUUGGACCGGGACCAGCUUUCGCCUCAGUAUGUGCACAAUUUGAAGGCGAAGGUCCAAAGCUUGAGCCUUUGGAACGGAGGCCGCAACCACCUCAUAUUUAACCUGUAUUCGGGGACAUGGCCGGACUACACGGAGGAUUUGGGAUUUGACAUUGGCCAGGCUAUGCUGGCAAAGGCGAGCAUCAGCACGGAGAACUUUAGGCCUAACUUUGACGUGUCCAUUCCUCUUUUUUCUAAAGACCACCCAAGGACCGGAGGGGACAGGGGAUAUUUAAAGUACAACUCCAUCCCCCCUUUUAGGAAAUAUGUGCUGGUGUUUAAGGGCAAGCGAUACUUGACUGGCAUCGGGUCGGACACCCGGAAUGCCCUGUACCACGUCCACAACUCUGAGGAUGUGGUCCUUCUCACAACAUGCAAGCAUGGAAAAGACUGGCAGAAACACAAGGAUGCCCGCUGUGACAAGGACAACGCAGAGUAUGACCGAUAUGACUAUAAAGAAAUGCUGCACAACUCCACUUUCUGUCUGGUGCCUAGAGGACGCCGCCUGGGCUCCUUCCGCUUCCUCGAGGCUCUGCAGGCUGCCUGUAUUCCUGUCAUGCUCAGUAACGGCUGGGAGCUUCCCUUCUCGGAGGUCAUCGACUGGAACACCGCUGCUGUCAUCGGGGACGAGAGGCUGCUUCUACAGAUCCCCUCCACCGUCCGCUCCAUACACCAGGACAAGAUCCUGUCUCUCCGCCAGCAGACGCAGUUCCUGUGGGAGGCGUACUUCUCUUCUGUGGAGAAGAUCGUUCUCACUACACUGGAGAUCAUCCAUGACCGGGUGUUGCAGCACGUCGGGCGCAGCAAUCUGAUGUGGAACAGCCUCCCCGGGGGUCUCUUCACACUGCCACAGUACUCCUCAUACCUGGGACACUUUCCUUUCCAUUAUGCUCCACUUGGUAUCAAACCAAACCCCAAGUUCACAGCAGUGAUUCACGCAGUAACACCCCUGGUGUCCCAGUCUCAACCCAUCCUCAAGCUGCUAGUGGCCGUGGCCAAAUCACAGUACUGUGCCCAGAUCAUUGUCCUGUGGAACUGUGACAAGCCUCUUCCUGCCAAGCACCGCUGGCCCGCCACGCCUCAGCCGGUCGUCGUGAUCGAGGGAGAGAGUAAGGUGAUGAGCAGCCGCUUCCUGCCGUACAGCAGCAUAGUGACUGACGCUGUGCUGAGCCUGGACGAGGACACGGUGCUCUCCACCACUGAGGUGGAUUUUGCCUUCACCGUUUGGCAGAGUUUCCCUGAGCGGAUCGUGGGCUACCCGGCUCGGAGCCAUUUCUGGGACGCCAACAAGGAGCGGUGGGGCUACACCUCCAAGUGGACCAACGAUUAUUCAAUGGUGCUGACAGGAGCUGCUUUCUACCACAGAUACUACAACUACUUGUAUACGAAUUACCUGCCAGCCAGCCUGAAGAGCAUGGUUGACCAGCUAUCAAACUGUGAAGAUAUCCUCAUGAACUUCCUCGUGUCUGCUGUCACCAAGAUGCCGCCCAUCAAGGUCACCCAGAAGAAGCAGUACAAGGAGACCAUGAUGGGACAGACGUCGAGAGCCUCUCGCUGGGCGGACCCUGACCACUUCGCCCAGCGGCAGACUUGCAUGAACAAAUUUGCCAGCUGGUUUGGCACCAUGCCUCUGGUCCACUCCCAGAUGAGGCUGGACCCUGUUCUGUUCAAGGACCAGGUGUCUAUACUGCGCAAGAAAUACAGAGACAUUGAGAGACUCUGAUGAAGCGGAGACGCCUCUUCCUCUGAGGAAACGGGAAGAGGAAGUGCAACAAGGGGGCACCCUGGAGUCUUGCGCCGUGCGUUCGGGGCAUAUGGGGCAGUGGAUUCCCUUGGGAAGUGAGCCAGCAGGGAGGUGGAGGGUGGGGGAAUGGGUGGGGAAAAGGAGUGUGAUUGAUGUUUGUGCUUGAUGUUUAAGUCCUUACUGUCAAAAACUUGUACCUGAACCAAUUGAACAGAUUUCGAUUGGUUUAGUUGAGAUUCUUGGGUUAAGAAAUACAAAAAUACAAAGUCUAAUUAGCCUUUUUUCAACAUCCAAACCAACAAUCCUUACUUUAACCAAAGGAAGAGCACGUAGAUUUUACACUACUUUAGAUUUUCGGCAAGUUUUUGGCAAGUUUUUGGCAGUUUGACUGCUGUACACAUCAGCACGUCGUCAACGUAUAACACAGCAAGUACAACAUAGUCUUCCCCCUCUCGAGGAAUGCUCUGCCAAAGGCAACACAGGGUCAACCUGACCCAAGCUGUGCCACGCACAGCUGGGUCCUGGACCACAGUUUCAAGCCCCCCCUCCUCCACAACAGCACGAGAACGGUAUGCUCAAAAUGCUCAAAGACUGAAGGCUUUUGUGGCAGAAUGCUGGCAGGCCUAUUAAAAGUCGAAACCCGGCACGGUGGGCCGAGCCACACAGAGGUUACCCGCCCGCCGUGCGAGUUUGUUCUGUUCGCCCUCGCUCCUGCUGGCUCCUGCCGGCUCCUGCAAGCAGCACUUCCCUCCCUGAAGUCGCAGGACGGUCGCGUCCUGCCGAGGUGGCUGACAAAGCCUCUCCUACAAAGAACUACAAUGUCACAGUGCCUGACCUUUCAAAACCGAGUGCGUCUGGGAGUCCGAAGGGUUUUUCUUUUUUUUUUCCUUUUAGAACCCUUGCUCAUGCUGCUUGUGUUUUGGUAACAUGAACAUGAACAAGUCAAAAGAGUUUCUCGGAUUUGCCCAAAGCUGUUCAUUUCUUUUUCCUUCUUCUUAUUGGUUUCCAUUUAUUUUAUUUUAUUUUUUUCGUUCUCUCUUCUUCGCUGAUCAUCUCUGGAAUUUUAUUUUGGGAUUAGCAAGCGGAAAAUGUUCUGUUUGCUUUUACAAACCGUUGCUGCCCAGAGAAUAACGUAUCUUAAAACGUUAAAACAUUUCAGUAGUAGGAGCACUUCUAUUGAUCCAUUGAUCAUGGGAUUUGUAGUCAAAUUUCAAAUGGUGUAGCAAACUAAACUACAAAAAAAGUACAAAAAUGGAGAUGCACGUUCUUCUUCGCAGCAACAAAAUAAAACGACAAAGCGUUCUUUUAGUGGCACCCUGUUCGUUUUCCUUCCAGCCAAUCAGAAGCACAUGCAAUCAGUUGUUUGGAGGCUAACCAGUUGAUUUAUCAAGUGGAAUCAGAUGAUGUUUAGAAUAAAAACCUGCCACAAGUGGAUAAUGUUGGUUUCCACUGCCACAAAAGAACCAUCUUUAUAUCACAAAAAGAACGGUUUUAAGUGAGCUCUUAAUUUGAUAAAGAAGUACUGUACCAAUUACUUUACCAAUUAAAAACAUGUUUAAAUGCCUCUUUAUUGAAACCAUAAAUGUUUUUUUGUUUUAUUUAGUGGCAUCACUCACAGAACUCUUUGUUGGCCUUUUUUCAUAGUAUUUGUUGAAAGCAUCAAAGUUUUACUUCUUUAAUGGAGCUUCAUUUCACAAAUCAAACCUUUGCUGUCCAAAGAGAAAUGUAUCUCCAAAAAUGGUAACUUUACUAUAGAAGGUAGAAACAUUCUAACUUCCAGUGGAAGUCAUUUUUAAGCAUUUCGAUUGGUUUAUCAUCAUAAAUGUUGACAAAAAAAUGGAGACACUUUUUUCUUUGCAGCCACAGUGCCAUAGAAUUUCAUUAAUUUGUUCAUUUACAAGAACAAUGCUCAUUUAUUAAGAGAAAUACAUACUCUAAAUAAGCCAGAUCAUUUUAAGGAUAAUUUUAAUCUGGAGUCUCUCAAUAGGGGUAUCCAGUCUUAUUUGUGAAAGGACCGGUGUGGUUGCAAGCAGGUGGAAUCUGGUGUGCUGCAGGUUGUUUGGAAUGAAAACUGGAAAUAGUGUAAUAUGCAUCCCUUUGCAGAUAAAAUUGGAUACCCUUGCCAUAGAAGUCUUGUACCAAUUUCAGUUUUAAAUGGUUAUCUAUGGAAACAAAAUUAUCCUUCUAUGAUAUGGCACCUUUAGUGUUUGUGAAAUGGUCAUUGUUUUAUUUCUUUUAUUUCAUUUUAAUAUGAAUUUAAACUGAAAACAUGAAGGUUUAGGACUUCAUGGCCAUAAAGCCUGGUGACUUGCUUACCAGCAAAUCCAGUCUGGAUGUUCCUGAUGCCCCUUGGUUCUGUUUUGUUUGUGCUUUUAGUGCUUUUCUAUUAAAUUAAAACACUACAAUACCCAUUAUUACAAUUUUAAUGUACAAACUAGGGCUGCACAAUAUUGGAGGAGAAAACUUGUCAUUUUUUAUGCUAAAUAUGUUGCAGUUAUUUAAAGAAAAUGCAAAAGUUAGCACCAUGUUCCAUCAACGCUAAAGAACACUACGCUGACCUGUGGGAUUUUUGUGUGUGGGAUCUCCUACAUUAAAGGUAGAUGUGGAUGUGACUGAUUUCUGCCAGAAUUGCUUCUCGUUCACAUGGACAAUUCUAGCCAGAUGCCACCGGUCACCGUCGUUACCACCCACUGUGCUUACUGUCCACUGUGGGUGGUAAUAUUAGCCUUCUAUAGCCCUAUCUGGAUGGGAUUUGUUUUUCAGGGGGUUCUUGGGUAAUUUUCUCUUUUAUUGGGGGUCCUCUUUGAUUUUAUUCCCGUCCAGAUGACCAUGUAUGUGUUUUUUCUCAGACGUCCUCUGAGAGAAAAUUACAGGCUGAAUUAUCUACUGUUUUUAGCUGAACUCCUUGAUCGUAAGGUAAUUUUAGUCCCGUUCGGAUGCGUUUAAUAAAAUAGACAUUCGUCCACAGCCGCGCAUCGUUAUUCCAUUCUGAUGACAACGAUGAAACGAUAUAUUUUGCAGCCCUAGUUCAAACCCCUUUUCACCAUUGUUUUUCCCCAAUAUCAAAAUUCCAGUCUUUCGCAACUGGAUGUGUUGCACAUGUUGAAGAUACAGGUGCAUCUCAAAAAAUGUAGAACAUCAUAAAAAAGUUGCAUUAUUUCAGUAUUACAGUUACAAAUGUGAAACUCACUAUAUAGACCUAUUACACACAUAGUGAUCUAUUUUAAGUGUAUUUAUUUUAUUGAUGAUGAGUAUGCCUUACAGCCAAUGACAACCCAGAAAUUAGUGUAUCAGAAAAUUAGAUUAUUAUAUUAUAUUAUAAGACCAAUUGGUACUUUUCAGUGUGGGCAGUGUGCCAAGUCCUUAUGGAAAAUGAAAUCCGUAAAAUGGAAACUUCAUGGUCAAUGGUCAAUGAUGGUUUGGAGUUCCAGGUCAUCUGCUGGGUUUUCAUUAGCUGUAAGCCAUAAUCAUCAAUAAUAAAAGUUUCACAUUUUGAACUGAAUUACUAAAAUAAAGUAGCGUUUCAAUGAUAUUCAUUGUUUGUUUUUUUUAAAUGCACCUGUAUGUGAAGCUGACGUUUUAAACACUAGUCUUAUUUUUGCUGUAGUACAAAGUGUACUGAGGAUAUGGAUGAUUAAGGUAGGAGACAAAUGGCAGAAAUGUCCCAUUUUAAAUCAAGGUGAGCAGAAAAUUAUAUGUAACAGUGGGUGAUGAAGAGUACGUCAAUCCAGCAUUUGCUAAAUAUGAACAGUUCAGAGCAGCUACAGAUACCGUUUUUCCACUGAUGUGAAACUGGCAUCGUUUCCUGGUUUAGGAACCUAGUUUUAAACCAGUUCGCUGUGUUUCCACCGUUUCCACCCACAAAAGUAGGUUUAACUAAAACAGGCCGGUUCACUGAAAAGAAAAGCUUGAAAGGAAGUUCUUUUGGUGGAAAAGUGCUAUGAUUGGACAUCCUGGCUAGCUUUUGUCCUCAUUUACAAUAAUUGAGUAGAGCUGCUGUUGCUCUAGUCUCUAAUUAAAUCUAAAAAUCUAUAUAAUAUUUGAUGAAAACUACAUCCUAAAUACUGUUUCAUGGUACAGAAUGACUUCCAUUGAAAAAUUCGACACGUUUUGUGAUUGUGGCCAGAAAUACUUUAACCAAAAUGUGUCUUGAAGGUUCAGCUCUGAAGACUGUUAAACCUUUAAUUGUGUUAACUGUCUGUUUUUAAUUAUGUUGUCAUUGAUUUUGCAACAUCCCAGUGAACAGAAUCCCAGUCAAAGCUCAUUCUUUUCUCAAAAAUCUUCCCAUCAUUUAUUCCUCUCUUGUCCAUAUGGUGCCAUUCCCUCUGUUCUCAAAAUUAGCCUGAAUUUACUGCCAGAAUCACAAAUGCAACAUAUGCUCUUUUCCUCAUAAUCAAGGAAAAUGAAUUGCUGGGCAACAAAAACGAACAGAAACUGAAUCGAAUCUUAGUAUUAUUCAAAGCACAGGGUGCAUGUGUGUGAGAGAGAGUUAGAUUUUUUUUUUGUAUGUCUGGAAGUGUCUAUAAAGUGUUGUGCUGUGGUAAAAGGGGGUAAAAUCUCCAGUAAAUCCAGUAAAAAUGUGGUUUUACACCACCAUUACGUCAUUCUUGAGCUUGCACAUUCUCACAUUCAACCAUGUUACCUGGCAUUAAAAAGGAAACACACAGAUCUCUUAAUUACACAAAUGUGCCUUUCUUGAGACACGUCUGAGGGUUUUUUUUUAUUGUUUUGUUCAUUUUUGUUUUAUUUUACAUACAUUUUUUUUCGCCUUUAACAAAAAAAAACAUGCUCCCAUUCCUGUAUUGCGUCAGCGAUGAGCGCCCGACCGAUCUCUGUUCUUAUUAUCCAGUAUAAAUACUCAAUACGCAGUAGUUUACUCUAGUUUACUUUGUCUAACACUGGAACUUUUUUCUUUUUUCUUUUUUUUUUCUUUUUUUUGGGGGGAGAUUCAAUACCAAUGUUAUGCUGUAUCUGACAUUCCUACCAGGUUCCGUAGGAAACUAUCUGGGUGGCGUCUUUCUCGGUUUCAUUUCGUUAACAGUUUCUUUUUUGUGACCAUACUUCUCUGUGUAUUUAUCAGAUAUGUGGACUCGUUGUAUCGCUACCCUUUUGCCCAGUGCGGACACCGAUGUAAUUAAAAGACCUUAUUUUACAGAGCUAAGAACAAUAAUAGGUAACUUACAGUUUUGUAAGAAUGGUUUUAUAAAAAAUGAAUUAAAUAAUGUUUGGUAAAA